AUGAUUGAUAAUGAAGAACUAACGACUCAACAAAAAAUUAAAGGAAAAGAAUUUCUAAUCACAGAAGAAACCCUAUUUGCACAAAGUAUUAAAAAUAUGAAUCAUACGAAUGCUACUACUCAUAGCAUUAAUACAGGUGAUGCUGCCCCAAUCAAGCAAGGAUACUAUAAAGCCGCUUAUGAAGAAAAUGAUGUUGAAAUGCCACAGACUGAUGCAAAAGGCCGCAUCGAAAAGUCUACGACAUUGUGA